AUGGCAGAAGCUCUAACAGCAGUGGUCCAAACACAGCAGACUGUGCUGGCAGCAGUGGGAGAAGAUGCUGAAUUCAGCUGUCAGCUCUUGGACACUGAAGACGUCCUUCAGGUCACAUGGCAGAAAAUCUCACGUGAUGUGGAGACAAAUGUUGCCACCUACAGCAAGUACUAUGGUCAGAGAGUGAAUGAUGGCUUUAACGAUAAAGUCAAGUUUAAAUACACUGGACUACAGAACUGCUCCAUAGUCAUCAGGAAUGUGACGGAGCAGGAUGAAGGAUGCUAUCACUGUCUGUUUAACACUUAUCCUGAAGGCUCCUUCACUGGUAGAACCUGCUUCCAAGUCUAUGAGCUGCAUGAACCUGUUGUUGGUGUCAGAGAGUCAAACUCUGCUGAAGAGUGGGUUGUUUCCUGUUCAGCCACUGGUCGACCUGCUCCCACUGUAACACUCUCACAACAAGACCUCAGCUUCUCACAGUAA